UCAGAAGAUAUGUGGUAAAAAUAUAAAAUACCUAAACGUCUGGGGCAGUUUUAUAAUUUACAUAUACUGUGACCAACCGGUUCUGAAUCUCUUUUUAGUACACCUUCUUUGUGUUUUCAUAUUCGUGGGGGUAAAAACAGCAUACUGUACUAAACGACACCGUGUUGGCGUUUAGAACAACAACCUAAAAGAGAAAUUUGGGCCGGCUUAAGACGAAAGCCCAAUAAUGAGGCGACGUCGUAUAAUGCACAACGGUCAUCUUCAAAUUUGGAAAACGACAAGAAACAGAGAAGAGAGAGUGAUGAAUCAUCAGGACUGUGAAUCAUCAUUUCUUAUAACUUGUUAGUAUGAUUAGUGAACAAAUGAGUAGUAUGAUUAGUGAACAAAUGAGGAGCUUUCUAGUUAGGUUUUAGCGUUUCAUCCUCCUUUACUGUAGCUUUGUCGUUCUUUCGUAAAGAAGCUAUCAUAUUGGUUCGGUUUAGCUACAAACUCAUCUUUGAUCUGUUUCUUUUCUUUCAUAAAAUUGUCUUCUUUUUGCUAUUUCUUUGAGAAAGAUGUCUUCUUUUAUCACGUAGGGUUUUUCCUAAGCUGGAAUUUGUUUAGCCUGCUUCGGUUUGUUACGAUUUAGCCACAAACUCAACUUUGAUCUGUUUCUUUUCAUUGAUAAAAAUGUCUUCUUUUACCUUUAGGGUUUUUUCUAAGUUGGAACAUGUUUAGCUUGCUAUGGUUUGUUACUGCCUGUGCAUUCCUUUUAAUUUUUUGUGUGAUUAGUGAACAAUCAUAGUGAACAAUAAAACCUUUUGUGAAAUUCGGGUUCACUAUGAUUCCCUUCUUAAUGUUGUUUUCAUUUCCUGUCCACAUUCAUAAUGUAUUAACACUGAACCUUGCAAAUUUUCAGGGUUCAGUAAUUGCAGAUGGCGACACUCCCCCCCUAUGAUCCCAAGUUCAAAUUGGCAAUCGCAGUCUUCCCAAAGCCAGAGACUGAGAAUGAUCAACUGCACGAUGAAUCUGUUUCUGCUGCUAUCGUAGCUGCUGAUCUGAUCAGCUCUACACGCCUUAAACUUAAGCUUGAUAGUGUCCAUACUGAGUACUCAGCUCAGUAUUUGGUGGACAAUGCUGCUGGCUCACACGGGCACAAGCUCACUGUCAAAGGCUGCCUUGAGUUUGCGUUAAAGAACGGCAUACCGAAAGCUGAAGAUUGGCCACAGUUGGGAUCUGUGUCGAAGCCCCCAUCAUCGUACAAGCCUGCUCUCGUUACCAUGAAAGGAAAAGUGGUUGUGCCUAAGAAUUUGGAGGAAGUGGUUGACAUGCUUGACUUGGUUGUGCAUCAACCAUUGGGAGCAAAACUGCAUGUGUUGAAUCCACACCUUGAACUUCAGGGAAUUUACUGUGGCCCGACUGGUGAACCAGCCAGCUAUGUUGGUCUUAGAGAUGGGAUAAUUCUUGGAAGUGGAGAAGAUCCAAGGAAAGGACAUUGCAACAGUGAAGAUAUGGCACAAGCAGAAGUUUACAAUCCUGAAAGUGGCUAUGAGCAGGUGGUUUGUGCAGCAGUCUCUGGACGGAGAGCCGGGCUUUUUAACAUAGGGCCAUCAUAUCUACUUGUUGACUAUUGUGUCCCACUCCUAUCCAUCGACUAAGC